AUGACUCAACAACACUUCUGUUCCGAUGCUUCACCAUCAUCAUCAACAACAUCCACUCCAAUCAGACACCGCUCCAAACGAAAAACACCAAAAACAUAUCCCUCUCAGUUGCUUAUUGAAAGCAGCACUGCUCCAUCAUUAUUCAAUCCUUCUUCUCCUACCUUUUUCAAUGAUCAAAAGAUUCAAGAUGGAGAAGAAAUCAAUCCUUCCACCUCCCAACCACAAGAUACUACUCUCUCCUCAUCAUCCACACCAAAUACAUCUCUUUCUUUGAGUGCUUUGAAGAUUAACACAACACCAAACUCUUUGAAGCAACAAGACAACGAUGAAGAAGUACCUUCUCCACCUUCAUCGUGUGUGUAUGAUGCUGUAUUUGGAACUGUUAACAGUAAUACUGCUGCAUCAUUGGUAAACACACAUGAUUUUGGAAAUGCUUAUUGGGAUGGCAACACGAAUUUUAUGUACAAUGACAAUUUCAACAUGCCACUCGCUCUCUCAGCAGAGGAUGAACAAAUGUUAGACCCUGUUGUCGAUGAUCGAAUAAUUGUUCUGUCACAAAUACUUUCCGAACAAGAAACGAUUGAUGCUUCCAUGCACACUACUCUUACACAAGAAUUGAAUGAAAAUCUAAACAUUUAUUCACAACAAAAACACGAACGUUGUCCCACCCCUAUUGAACAAUCACUUCAAGAACAAGUACCAACAUCUCCCAUUUUACGAAUGGUAAACCCUUUUGAAUAUAUCACAAACCAAACGCAAACCGAACAGUGUUCUGAAGUUCAGGAUGAAGAACCUCUUUCAAGAUCUCGAUCCAAUAGCAGUGCAAGUGGAAAAUUUAAUCGACCCAGCAAGAAGCAAAAAACCUAUACAUUAACACGCCUGAAAGAAUUACCUAUCGAUAUCAAGCACGUAAUUUUAAGCUUUUUGCCUUACUUGCCCAUGAAGUUUUAUUUGAGAUUGGCAUUUAACAGGUUGCAUCAAGACAUGUUUUCAAAACAACUGAUACGAAAUUCUUUCGGAAGAUUUGCAGCGAGUACUCGUCGAUCCUGUGUAUUUAUACCAUACCUUAAUGUGGAGCUGAUAUUUACCACCGAGCCCUUCGAUCCAUUGAUCAACUCAACUAGCAACAUUGAAAAUUCACAACAUGAAGAACUUCAGUCUUCGCAACCCUCAAAUGUUUCGAACACCACUCAUCAUUCUCAAUCAAUCACAAGAUCCGACAUGGAGACACUCUGUAUGCUUUAUGCUCCAAUUUUCAAUCACGCCAAAAACUUGAAAAUAUCCACUGUCCUCACACGAGGUGGCGAAGAAGGAUUCCCUCGAACCACAACGUCAUUCAAUCAUGUGCCUUCUUCAAACAUGCACGACAAGUUACAAAUGUUUAUGCAGGUCUUACAUGAUUUUAAGGUUCGCUACAAGCUUGUUAAAAGUUGCUUGGAGUUUUCUAAUUCUCCUUUUGUGAAACCUUUUCUCUCCUCUAUUCCAAAACAUGCAUUUUCAUCUGAAAAGACGUCCUCUCUUUUUUCUGGAUUGAAGUCAAUCUAUUUAAAUUUUGAUUUUCCUAAUUCGACAAAUAACGAUGACACUGCAACAGACGAUUCUAGUACGCAAGAACCUUUUAUGUAUGAGCCCAAUUCUACUUUUGAUCCUCUGAUCACCAAUAUUAAUUUGAAUCAACCCUUUAUUUCUGUGAAUAAGGUCAUUCCUCAUUUGCACAGAUUUCCCAAACUACGAAACUUUCAGACUUGUUUAUAUUUUUCUGACAGUCUACAAGAAUCUCCCAUGGACAUGACACCACUUUGUUCCAUCCAAAGAAUACAUCUCUGCAAUAUUUCAAGCAAGCUGCUGGAGAGAUUAUUCUAUCAUUCAGAUAACAAGAUCAAAACUCUAAUCUUAACUGGUUUGAGUUAUUCACCACUAGAACUCUUAAUGAGUGCUAAAACUCCAAUCAUGAAGAACUUGCGUCAUCUUUCUCUCCAAUUUUCAGAGAAUGACCUCAUCACAGAUUCCAAGUUUUCUGAAUUUUUGGCAUCCAAUUGCAUCCCUUCAUUGAGAUCUUUGGAAAUUUCAGAGCCUCAAGUUGAGAAUCAAAGACCACGUCCAGAAUGUACUCUGAGUGGCCUUUCUCAAAACUCGUCCAUUACCAAACUUUCAUUGGUCUUCUUUUUACAUUUAGGUGCAACUGCAGCCUACAAUUUAUCUGCUUCGAACAUUACCUCUCUCACAGUGGCCAAUUCAUUUAGCAAUGCCACUCGCUUCUCUGCUUUCAUGGAUGGACUCGCCCAGAAUAAGGUCAUUAAGAGACUACACAUCUCGACACAUUUCUCGUCACGAUUGGCCUUUGAGAAUUUUCUAACCAACAAUAAGGUGUGUGAGAAGUUUAUUGCUGAAUAUGAUGAUCGAAAUCGACUGUUAGUGCUCAGCAUUGAAUGCUUGAAACAGUUAAAGACCAAUCAAGCAUUAAAAGUCCUGAAAUUGCUGAAUUUUACGUUUGAUACCGAAGAUGAGGUUGUCGAAGAAGUAUUGGCCAAUUCCAUACCACAAAUUGAUGUUGCCAUUUGUAGAACCUCAUUUGCAUCAAGUUUCUCUCAACAAUAA